CGCCUAAACCGUUGCGGCCACUGACGCCCCGUCAAAAUCAAUUUGCUGUUAACCAGAGAUGUACUGCAAUACUAUUCAACCAGAUUUUCAAAAUUAAUUGCUUAAUAGAGAAAUAUGUACAUAUAAGAAAGCAAGCCUGUUUAUUGUCAUUAAUACAAAUAUACUGUCAGUUUUAAAAACAAGAGCUCGAUUUUCCACGAUCUGUGGGAGUUCAUUGGAUGCAUGUUAUUUGCUUGACUGUCAUUUGAUUUGAUUCUACAAUCUAGGGUCGAAUAUAAUCGAUUAUUGUGCUAUCUUAUGUAAAUAAACUGAUAAGUGUGUUGUCUAAUGUUGAAAUUGCUGGACAUUCGAGUUUGAGAAUAUUGUGGAAAUGGAUACUGGCCAGAAAAAGGAGGACGAUGUCCUCCAGGACGAUUUCUGCCUCCGUUUAUCGUCGAACAUGAUCACCUUCCAGGGCGUGAGUAAAUCCCUUUUGACAAACGUAUGCUUCGACGAGUGUAACAUCCAAGUGUUCAGCAUACUUUCUGGCCAGGACACGACCGAAGUGACAGUCAGGAGCCCUUACUGCGACUUUUGUACAAACUUCAGCAUAGAGGAAAAAGGAAGAGUGAUGUCAAUCAAGUUUUCUCCGGAUCAGGAGAUCCUUGCCCUCCAACGGACACCUUCGACAAUUGAGUUUUUUACGUUCAAAGAGAAAAAGGUGCACAAAGAGUUUUCGCAAUCGUUCAAAGGCGUAACACUCCUCGGGUAUAUGUGGUCAAGUGUGAACGACCUGAUUGUAGUGAUGAACACUGGUAUUAAACUUUUCAAGAUUGACGCUAAGUCGUGUACUGUGUCCGCAUCGAAGAACUCACUGAACCUCAGCGCAGGAUGGUACACAUAUCAUUCAUUGAGUGGCCUCCUUCUCGUUAAAGUCCUCGAGCUCGGUAAACCUGCUCAGCUGCUUCAGAUCAGAAAAGGACAAAUUUCUAAAUUAACAGCUUUUGAUUUGUACUCUGACUCUGACUACAAGGGCCUUUCAAACAUAGAUCGUGAUGAUGUUAUAAUCGGCAUUGUCUAUAACAAACCGAGAAUAUUAUUUGUCAAUUAUCGCACUACGAAUACCAUGGCGCAGGCAGAAGUGAUUGUCAGGACAUUAAUAAAUGCAAACGAAGUUAAAGUCACUAACGUUCUCAGGAUAAACUCCGGAGGUAGGUUUGGCCUGAAUGUUGUUGAUAAUUUGAUUAUUGUGCACAACCAAAAUACAAAAUCCUCAUUGAUAUUUGAUAUUACCAACGCUCCUUUUGAAGGAGUUGUAACAACGCACAAACCACUCGUUGAGCCGAUGUCCUUAAAAUCCACAUCUCACUCUCAAGCUGUACAGUGUGAGUUGUACUCACCAAACUGGGUUAUAUUUCAACCAAACAUUAUUAUGGAUGUAAUUAAAGGAUGCCUCUGGGGCCUCGAGUUGAAUCUAAACGGAUUUUAUAAACAUUUUGAAAACAAAAAUAACUUAAUCAAGUUCCUUCUAUUAAGGAAAAACUCUCAGAUGAUAAUUGCAAAUAUUUUACUUGAAAUUGCGUUUGACCCAGCAAGGCUGGAAGAGCUUGCAGAGGCUUUUUAUGAAAUUAAUAAGAUUUAUAGGUCCUACCUGGAGUGGAGUAUGAAGAGUCAACUUUCACAGCCAAUUAAAGAUACCAAAGAAGAUGACUUUCAUAUUGAAUUGAGAACAAUCCUAGACGAGGAGUUUUUGAACAACAAUGUCUUCAUGAAGCUUGAACGCGAGGUACAGAAAAAGAAAGAAGACAAGAAAGCGUGGAAAAUUUUAACAUGGACUUUAAUAGAAUAUAUACGCUCUCUGACAGAUUUCCAAAUCCCAGCGGAACAUUUUAUAUACGAACUUUUAAUACAGUCUUUAGUUGCGAAUGAUAAUUAUUACCAGCUUCACCAGCUUCUUCAGUAUCACGUGAUAGCCGAUUCGAAACCAAUCGCUUGCCGACUUCUGUCUUUACAAAACGAAUACCCAGCUGCUGCCCAGCUUGCAAUAGACAUGCUGGAACGGCUGGGUUCAGGGCGAGAGGAAAUAACAGAAAUCCUUCUGUCUGAUGCGCAAGUUUUGACCUGCUUGAGGUACACAACUGAGAAAAUGGAAUCUAAUGAAAUGCAGUUGAUGCACCUGGCGGAAAAAUACAUGGCUGCUGCAGCUCCGAAUCAAAUCCUUCAACACUCAAUAGCCAAUUAUUUUGAAUCAAAACUAAUCAUAAUCAACGGAACUGGUAAUUAAGGAGAAAAACGCUAUUACAAAGACUGUUGAUUCAAUCAAAGGUUCUGCAUCAGCACACAGUACACUGUAUAUAUUAUAUAUAUGAAUAAUUCAUGUAUGUAAAUUAAUUGUGUGUAGCAAAGCUGUGGUUUAAUGGUUUUUACAAAACCAAAGGUGAAAAAUUUAUUAUUUCCUCUUGUCCAACAGUGUUUUGACUAGUGAUGUUAAAAUUAAAAAAAAAAUUGUUUAUGCUAUACUUCACUUAAUAAAUGUUGUCAGUACAAUUGUUAUAUGCCAUAAUAGUUUUAUGUUAAAAAAAAAAAAAAAAAGGUCUAGAAUUUCAUUUUCUUAAUUUAUAAUUUUACAUUUUCAU